AUUCAGUUCAUUAGAAUUUUAUUAGUUCAUUUUUAUUGAUUCUUAUAAACAGAACUACACGUGAUAAUUUCGUUGCUAUGUAUCAUAAUAUAACCUUUAUAGUACAACAAGAUCAUAACCUAUAAAUCAUGUUAUUUAUUUGUCAUCGAUUACAAAAUAAUAUAAAAUUUGAUAUUUACAUAAUACAAUACAUAAUGCAAACAUUUAAUAAAAUUUAAUAAAAUUAAAAAUAAUAAUAUUGUUUGAAAUAUUGCAAAUAUUUCAUAAAUUGUAUAUAUGUGAAUAUUGAAAAGAUAGUGAAUUAUUUUAUUAAAUAUUGUUAUUUAAAUAGUAAUUUGUAAAAAAAAUGGCACGAAAUGCAGAAAAAGCUAUGACCACUCUUGCUCGAUGGAGAGCUGCACAAAGUAAUGAAGGAGCUAGGAAAGAGCAAGAAAGAAGACCAUAUUUAGCAUCUGAAUGCAGAGAUUUGCGAAAAGCAGAAAAAUGGAGAAUGCAAAUAAUUAGAGAAAUUGCAAAAAAAGUUGCACAGAUACAAAAUGCAGGUUUAGGGGAAUUUCGUAUUCGAGAUUUAAAUGAUGAAAUCAAUAAAUUAUUACGAGAAAAACGACAUUGGGAAGCUCAAAUCAAAGAAUUAGGUGGGCCUGAUUAUUCUAGAGUAGGACCACGUAUGUUAGAUCAUGAAGGUCGUGAGGUACCUGGAAACCGUGGUUACAAAUAUUUUGGAGCAGCAAAAGAAUUACCGGGUGUCAGAGAAUUAUUUGAGCAAGAACCACCACCUCCGCCCCGUAAAACACGCGCCGAAUUAAUGAAAGAUAUUGAUGCCGAUUAUUACGGAUACAGAGAUGAUGAUGAUGGAAUUUUAUUACCUUUGGAACAAAAAGCUGAACAGGAAGCACGAGAAAAAGCAGUACAAGAAUGGCUAACACAAAAUAAAAAAGAAACAGAGAUCGAAGAAGAAAUCGAAACAACUGCUCAAAAAGCAAUACCAUCGCAACAAGAUAUUCAGGAAGCAUUACUUGCAAGAAAAAAACAAGAACUAUUAGAGAAAUAUGUACUUUGAUAGAUUUUAUUUUUAGUUUUUAAUGUAUUCAGUAACAACUAUUUAUAAGUUUAUUUGUUUAAUUGUAUUAGAGUACAUUUUUAUAAAACGCGACAGAUAUAAUAAUAAUCAUUAUUAAUUUAUAAGUAAUAACAUUGAUUAAGAUAAUUAUUUUGUGCAGUAGACGUUCAAACUUCAAUUAAUACUUAUCGAGAUAAAGUGCUGUAGAUAAAAUAUAGAUAAAAAUCCAACAUUAGUCUGUUUAUAAUCCUCGCGAUUCUUGAGUUUUUAUUUUUUUGUUAUUUUUUUUUUUUUUUUUUGUAUCGACAUUAUAAGCACCGAACACUCGAGAAAGCGACACAAUAGAAUAAAACACCAGAGAACAAGAUUGUAAUGUCAGUAUCUUUUCAUUCCAUACAUUCAUGCUCGUAGAACAUUAGUAGUUAGAUAAAUAAAAUUUAACUUCAUACACUCUUUUUGUCUAAUCAAUAUCUUAAAUAUCUUUAAUCAAGCAUUCUGCAUUUCAUCAUCAUUGAAUCAUCUCGCAAAAGCCAGUCAUUUGCUCUAAAAUAGUUCGAUGCAAUUACAACUAUAUCGUAACAAAUCGGGAACAAUCAAAGGCAUAGAAAUCACCCUGAAAAAGCCUUACUCAUUAAUUAAGUAUCGUCAUAAAUAUUUCGAAAACAUUCUGUUUUUAUCCACGUUACAUUCGUUUUAUCCGUGACGAGAGACCGAAUAUGCUUUUUCUACAUUUUUCUCAAAUCUCUCAUCUCCGUUCAACAUCGUGUUGUUUAUAAACAGACUGUACAAUAUACGAUUUAUUUUACCAGGACUCAGAAGU